CUCACGCAUGGAGCAGUAUCUAUUUUGCGAGUCUCUUCAAGAUUUGGCAGAGACCAGACUAGUCAAAUUUGUUCACACGCAAACGAGCAGCGUACCUCAUCAACCCCGGCCAUGGAGGUUGCCAUAUCUGCAGUUGCAGGUGAAAUUGUGAGUCGGUUCAUCACCUUCCUGAUGAACAAGUACCACUCCUCCAGCCAUGGACAGUCAGAGGAGAAGGUGGUGGAGAGGUUGCAACAUCUCCUGAUGAGAGCUGGCACCAUCAUCGAGGAGGCGGAUGCUCGGUACAUAACCAACUCCGGGAUGAUGAUGCAGCUCAAGGUGCUCUCAGAGGCCAUGUACCGAGGUCACCGUCUGCUUGAUGCAUCGAGGUACCGAGCACUUGAAGACGGCGCAGGCUUCGACGAGGUUAGCAGCAACGACCCAUCUACCAGUAGUUUGUAUUUUGCCAUUCCCCUCAAGCGUUCUAGAACAGCAAAAGAGGAAGACAACAAGGCCAUGCGCCUCGGAUCGCAUGGUGUCUUGGAAAACUUAGAGAUUGCUGUUGCUAACAUGGCCGAAUUUGUUGUGCUUCUGGGGGGAUGUGAGCGCAUGUCUCGACGGCCAUAUGAUGUUUACCUUUACACCGAUAACUUCAUGUUCAGCCGACACGCUGAGAAGCAAAAGCUCCUGAGCUUCUUGUUGGAGCACAACAACGCUCCUUUUGAUCAUGCACCGGCCGUUAUUCCAAUCAUAGGCGGUGUCGCGGUUGGGAAGAAAACUUUGGUUGCCCAUGUGUGUGGCGACGAAAGGGUUCGCUCACGCUUCUCCUCUAUUUUGCACUUGAAUGGAGACAGCCAUUUGAGCGUGCUUGACGAUGGAAAGACCGUGUUCGGGAAGACAACGCUGGUAGUUAUUGAGUUUGCUUCUGAUGUAGGUGACGAUGACUGGGAAAAAUUUCAGCCGUUUUUCAGAAGAAUGGGCAGAGGAAGCAAGAUCAUCAUCGUAAGCAAACUAAAAAGACUAGCCCGGUUUGGAUCGGUGAAGCCAAUUUCCCUUAGCGUUCUAUCUUACGAUGAGCUGAGGUACCUUUUCAAGACGCUGGCAUUUGGAAGCGAAGACCCGGCAGAACAUCCGCGUCUAGCACAAAUAGCAGAUGAAAUCGCCAAGGUGCUGCACAGUGUGCAAGGUUCCCUCGUGGAAGCAAAUGUGUUUGCGAAUGUGCUGAGAAGGAACCUCGAUGUCCAGUUCUGGCGUUGCAUACUGAACAAGGGGAUAAGGCUGGUGAAAAGAAACCUCUCCAUAUAUGGCGUGCACCCAACCCUGCUUAUAGAACAAGGCCAUCCGGUGGACAUAACGGACCUCGCCUCGCAUCCACUUAGCAUGAUACCGUAUAAAAUCAAGGAGGAAUCGCCGAGUGUGUCGUUAGGGGCACUUGUAGCAGACCCUAGCGUCAGGCCGGAAGGGGACUUCACUCUAAUCGCAUGGGAAUCAAGGAUACCGCCUCAUAAAUCAUUUGUUCGUUAUGUCACAAGUCGUGCUCAGGAUGCACAUGAAGGUGGCAGUCCCUUGCCGGGGAGGAGGAAGCGUCGAGGAGUGCCAUUGUAAUUUUGAUUCAGACUAGUGUAAUGUGGUUCUAGUUUUGAUUCAGACUAGUGUAAUGUGACAUUCUAAUUUUGCUUCAGGCUAGUGUAAUGUGAUAUUCUAAUUUUGCUUCAGGCUAGUGUAAUGUGAUAUUCUAAUUUUGCUUCAGGCUAGUGUAAUGUUGCUUCAGACUAGUGUAAUGUGAUAUUCUAAUUUUGCUUCAGGCUAGUGUAAUGUUGCUUCAGACUAGUGUAAUCUGUAACUCUUGUCCUAUACUUUUGAUAUGUUGUGAAUGGAUGUGUUCAUGCAUACUGAUUAACUAUUACCAGGCCCUGUUUCUUUCAGCUUUGAAAGAACAGGAUCUGAAACAAACAGCCAUUGUAGAACUGCUUUCAGAAAAUCAGCAAAAAUCCACAAUUGAACAAACAUGGCCAAAUUUAUCAGAUCUGAUGACACCUCCUUCUCUUCUUAGAUAUAUAUAGCGAACUCAACAGACGCCGUCAUCUAAAGUGUCAGAUCAGAUGCCUAGCUACUGCUACCACUCCCCACUAUCACUAGCUCGUCGUCUCGGUGUUUACUGACGAAGCAUAAACUGAACUAACAAGAAAGUGGUCCUGAUUAGCAUUUGCAGUUGCAGUUGCAGUUACAGACUUACAGGACACUAUUAGAUCAAGAGGUCUGCUUAGCUAGGUACCCCAUAAAAAUCAGUAGAUUUGGCGAGAUUACGGACACUGGA